AUGGCUGAUCCUGGAAACAGAGGAGGGAUCUACCGCCCCUUGAACCUUACCUGCUCCCUGCUCAUUGUGGGGAUGUGCUGUGUGCCUCCUUUCUUCUGUCAUAGCCAGGCAGACCUGCUGGCUCUUAACCAAGCUGAUCCCCAAUGCUGGGAAUCGUCCUCAGUGCUCCUCCUGGAAAUGCGGAAGCCUCGGAUUUCCAACUCUGUGUCAGGUUUCUGGGAUUUUAUGAUCUACCUGAAGUCAUCUGAGAACUUGAAGCAUGGGGCAUUGUUUUGGGAUCUGGCCCAACUCUUCUGGGACAUCUAUGUGGACUGCAUCCUCUCCAGGAACCAUGGCUUAGGAAGGAGGCAAUUGGCCGGGGAGGAAGAGAGGAUCUCUGCAGUGCAUCCACAGCACACAGGGAGGAAACAAGGUGCAUAUUCUCAGCAAUUACAAAUCCCUUCCCCGAAGAAGAAAGAGUUGAUUGAAGAUUUGCUAAGCCUGUACGUGCGCAGCAAGGUUGGAAAAGCAAGCAGUGGCCCGGAAAUAAAGAGAAAACAAAUCUAA